AUGCAACAACAAUCGUCUGGAAUUACCACAUCGAAUGUGACAUCGUUUCGGCAGACAGGUGUGUCAUCAUCAUCUGUUCCAGCAAGUCCAAAUCGUGUCGAAACGACCGAACAUUCAGUAUCAUCAGUAACAAACGCUGGAGCAAAUAAUUUAGGCUCAUCGAUCGGUGAAAAUGGUAGUGUUUUCACUCUAACAAAUAUUUAUACAUUCGGCGGCAGUGACGGAGCUUCGACUCAUGGCCCAUCCGACGAUAAAUAUCGUGUGAAGUCAUUUGUGGAAGUAUUCAAUCAGCCAUCGUCUCAAGAUACCGAAUAUCAAAGACAUUAUCGCGAAACACAAACGAAAUCAUACACACGAAAGAUACGCACGAGUGCUACAGACACUUACGAUUACGAUCAGAAUGGAAAUUAUCAUCAUUAUGAAACAACAGGGCCAUCGUCAUCGAAAUACGUUCAUGAACAAAUAACAUCGUCAGGUACGGGUAAUCUUUCCUUAUUACCGACAACAUUUAUUGAAACUCAAACAAAAUUACGUCUCUGGCUCGAACACGUCGAACAAUCGUUGUUGAAUGAUAAAGUUCGCAUUCUCGAUAUUCAUGCCACGAACACCAAAAAGAAAGCCUAUAAAGAUCUACUCGAUCAAACAUUCGAACAAGAACAUAAUUUGGAAAUCUUGAACGAUACAGCGCGAGAUUAUUAUCCGAAAUUAUCUUUCGACGUUAGUCGACGUUUACAAGGAGAAUUAACGAAUUAUCAAGAACGUUUAUACGACAUCAAGAUGUUUCUCAGUGAGCGUUUAGCAAAAUACAAUCGAUUGGACAAAACAUUAAGUGAUUUCGAAAGUGGAAUCGAAGAAGUUAAAGUGUGGAUACGUAAUGCUCAACCACGAUUAGCAACAAGUGAUACAAGUUCGCGUGGAUUAGAAAAUCAACUGGGUCGUAAUCAAGUACUUCAACAUGAAAUACGUGAAAUGCAAACAAUUGUCAAUCGGUUAAACAAAGACGUGAUUGAUUUAACACAAGAUGCCGAUGAAAAUCUAGCUCGACGUUUACGUGAUGAAAUGAAUCAUUUAAAUGAAAGUUGGAGUCACAUUGUCAGCUCAACAAAAGUUUAUUCUCAAAACAUUCAGGAUACUUUGAAACGUAAUAAAAUUUUACAAGAAGAAAUCCGUGAAUUGGACGAUUGGAUUCUCGACCGUGAUCGAGCAAGUCUUAUUGAAGAUGGUGCGAUCUUUCACCAAGAUCAAAUCCGGGAUAGAUUGGAACAGUAUCAAAAACUUCAAACAGAACUUAAUCUCAAAGAAUAUACUGUUCGAACAUUGGUUGAACAAACUCGACAUGAUUUAGCACAGUCACCAUCACCUGAACUAGCUCAACAAUUAGAUACAUUGAUUUCCAAUUGGUCAGGUUUACAAAAGAAAGUCGAUACAAAAGUGACGUACUAUUCCGAUGUUUACAAGUUACAUGAAGAACUAAAAGAAUUACUCACCCGAGAAAACAUUUGGCUCGAUUCGUUACAGAAUCGAAUCUACUCGACAUCGAACUCCGGUGCUGAUGCCGAAGAUGCUUCUGAAGAGCUCGAUAAUCUCGAACGUUUCAUAAAAUCUCAUUCGAGAAUUAAUUAUGAAAGGAUCAUCGAAAUAUCCGAUCGUUUGCAAGUAAUGAAAAUCACUUUACCAUCGAUCAACAGUCAAAUCAACCAGUUCAGCAUUCGUUGGGAACAACUGCACGAAGAUGCCAUCAAACGAAUUCAUUCAUUAAAUUCUCAAGUAUCCGAUCAUCAACAACUAGGUCAACAAAUCGCUGCUAUGUUUGAAUGGAUAAGACACACUGAUCAUAUACUUAACACUCGGUUGAAAGAAGAUGUCUAUGCCGAUGAUGUGCCAGGUGAAGCAGAAAGACUGAUCGUCGAAUUCAAUCAGUACGAAACAUUUUUGCGUAGUAUUGAAGAUAAAAUUCAUACAUUACGUACGGUUGGAAAAACUGAAGCUGCACGAAGACUCGAACAACAAUUUCAUACAUUAAAAAGUCAAUUCACGCAAUUACAAAUCAAAUUUCGACAAUUUCAAAAACCAUCCGAUUUCGAACCGAAAUACGCACAUGUACGAAAAGUCUUACAAGAUGUUGAACAAAAUCUCCAUCUUCUCGAUAUACGUUCCGACGAUGCUGAUGUUAUUCACAAUCAAUUAGAGCACUGUUUGAGAUUCUAUAGAAUUCUUUCCGAUGUGAAAUCUGAAGUGGAAUAUGUUAUCCGUAUUGGACGUGGUAUUGUUGAGAAAGGACAAACUGAUGAAUCACAUGAUCUGACACGACAAAUUGAUCAAUUAAAAACGACAUACAACAAUCUUGGAACAAAAGUAUCAACCGCGAAAAAUCAAUUGGACAGUGUUGAACGUCAUCUUCGCAAGUUUCGCAAAGAAUACACUCAUAUUCAAGAAUGGUACAGCAAAGCUGAUCAUGAAAUACGUAAAAUUGAAAAUAAACAAGUGUCAAAGAAUACGAAGGAAGAAGUCGAAUGGAUACGAACGACAAGAAAUGAUAUCAGAAAAUUGGAAGCAAAUUUCGAAAAUUUGAAAACUCUCGAACGUACAAUUCAAAAAGAAGCGGAAAAACAUCUACCUAGUUUACAAGAGAAGAUCUCCGAAUUACGACGACAAGUGGAUCAACUAGAUCGACGUCUUCGAGACCGAUCUGGUAUUGUCGAGUUUAAUAUUUAA